GACCGGACCUUCAUCUUUAUCAUGCACCUCCGGCUGUGCUGACUCGGUCCUGGUCGCUCCUGUCCGUCAGCAGAACCGGGGGGUUCUUCUGGUGCUCCCAGCAUGUCACCGCAGGACGGGCCGAACCUGGGAUGAGAGUUCGGGACUGAUCCACUGAGGCUGCUCAACUUUCACAUCUGACACAUCAGGCGUUGAAGAUUCAAGCCGAACCCAUCCUCCUGAUAAGUUCCGUGCAGCGGAAUGUGACAGAAACCUUUCUGGUUCUGGUACUGCUGCGUGUCUAGAGUGGGUUCAUUCCCCAGAAUCGUCCCUAUUUGGACCUGACAGUAGAUCUACAUCAGAACUUGUUGAUGAAGAUGGCUCAAAGGUAUGAAGAGCUUGGUCCAUAUGGACCCAUGGAUGCUGCAGGACCCCCAUCUUCCAUGUACGGAGAGCCGCACGCGAUGCGCACCCUGGCUCCCCUGCAUCACUUGACCCACGCGCCCCCACACCACUACGGGGCCCACGCGCACAGUCUCGUGCCCGACGGGCUGAAGAGAGACAAGGAUCAGAUUUACGGACAUCCGUUAUUCCCGCUCCUGGCGCUCGUCUUCGAGAAGUGCGAGCUCGCGACCUGCACGCCCCGCGAGCCAGGCGCGGCGGGGGGAGACGUCUGCUCCUCCGACUCGUUCAGCGAGGACAUCUGCGUGUUUUCCAAGCAGGUGCGUUCAGGAGCACGUGGCCAGAUCCGCGUGGAAAAACCGAUAUUUUCCUCCAAUCCAGAGCUCGACAACCUGAUGAUUCAGGCCAUUCAGGUUCUGCGGUUUCACCUCUUGGAGUUAGAGAAGGUCCAUGAGCUCUGUGAUAACUUCUGUCACCGGUACAUCAGCUGUCUGAAGGGGAAGAUGCCCAUCGACCUGGUCAUCGAGGAGCGGGACAUCUGCAAGCAGGACUUCGACGACCUGACCGGCUCCUCCACGAACCUGGCGGACCUCAACCCGGCGUCCUGGAGAGACAUGGAUGACGUCCACUCUGCGCCCUCUGUGGGGACUCCGGGGCCCUCCAGCGGGGGACACAUCUCCCAGGGUGACAGCACCAGUGACCUUGGAGAUGGCCUUGACAACAGCCUGGCAUCGCCGGGGACAGGAGACGAGGACGAGCACGACAAGAAGAGGCAGAAAAAACGAGGCAUCUUCCCCAAAGUGGCCACAAACAUCAUGAGAGCGUGGCUGUUUCAGCACCUCACACACCCAUACCCCUCAGAAGAACAAAAAAAGCAGCUCGCACAGGACACAGGGCUCACCAUACUCCAGGUGAACAACUGGUUCAUCAAUGCAAGAAGGAGAAUAGUCCAGCCCAUGAUCGACCAGUCCAAUCGAGCAGUGAGUCAGGGAGCAGCCUACAGCCCAGACGGUCAGCCAAUGGGAGGCUUUGUUCUUGACGGGCAGCAGCACAUGGGUCUACGUCCUGGAGGCCCUUUGGGUGGGAUGGGCAUGAACAUGGGGAUGGACGGGCAGUGGCACUACAUGUAAUCCACUCCACUGAGGCCAGCCGAACCAACCAGGCCAGCGCCUCCAUGUGGGCUCAGGGAUCUCAUUCUGCCUGAUGCUGCAGAGGUCCAGCCCAUACCCCACCUGUCCUCUCCAUGUGGACCACCUAGUCCCUUCCUGCUCACAGAAGCUCAGGUCUCCACGGAAACGCCUCACCUGUGAUCCUCAGGGGACUGGAAGAACAUGGACUCCGCAGUGAGGAGAAGCAGAGCCCUACUUCACCUCCUUUCAACUCCUCCUUUCUUUUUCUACAAGUUCAAAUCACCUGAGUGUUUUGGCUCCCUCUGCUCCAGAUGAAGACCACGCCCCCUCUUCAUCCUCGGUUGGACCUCUCAGAUUACUGAGCACUUGUAGAACCAGCAGAGAACUAAGUUGUGUUGUAAAUAUGUUCUUCAGUUUGUGUUUCUGUCCUUCACCUGUGGUCAUGUGACCACGUUCUACCUGUGUCUGCCUUUGAUCUCCAUGAAAAUAACAAGGUUUUCUUAAAAAAAUAAUGUUGUCACUUUUUCUUCUUUAUUUGACUGUCUUUCAGUUCUUCUACCAGUUCUGGUUCUGUACCAGAAGUGGUUGUAAAAAAGGGAAACAACCCCGAAAUUACAAUUUCCCUAAUUAAAAAAAGAGGUUCAAAUUCAGCAAAUUGAAAAGCAAAUGAAGUCUACUGCUUUUUUAUUAUCCUCUUUAGCAGAAGAAACACCAGAUCAGAGAAGCUAAUUGGCCAAAAAUAUUUAGGAAAGCGCAAGAGAUCUAUGGAACUUUGUAAAAUAAAAAUUCCUCACAAUUCUUUACGGUCAUAACCUUUAAGGGAAGAGUUAAUUGAUGUGGGGAAGAAUGAGACACACUAAUCACAUUGUGACAGGAUCUAAUGCUAUGAAUCUGUGUUUUGUAAUCCAUCAGUGUUCUCGGAAUAAAAGUGGCAGCUGCACUAAUUGUUUAAAAAGCACUGAAAACUAUGGAGGGCAAAUCACACCAACAAAUAACUCGAUUUGUUGCACAAAUCCAAAAAAA